ACUUUCUCUAAUCUCUCUUUACCAAAAAAAAAAAAAAAAAACAAGAAUCCAAUCUUUAAUGUUUUUCCUUUUUGAGCGAAUGGUCAAGACACUUUUGAGUUCUGAGUUAGAUUGGUAUUUUUUUGGGCAAUUGAUUUUGAUAUUAUUACUUGAAAGUUUUCCGUAGGUGGCGAUAAUAAUGAAAACUUAAAGGGCAUUUGUGUCAUUUCAGCUUAAAAGUUAGCAUAAUAACAGAUAGGCCAUUCUCAUUUGGUGACGUGGGGUGUGAUCAUUGGUCACUAGCUACAAACGUCUUUCCUUUUAGAACUCAAUGCCAGUGCUACAAUGACACGUCAUCCGAAAGCUCGCUUAACCAAGCGAUCAGGGAGCUAACACAUGUCAUCUUGCUCCAAGUCAUGUCGACCCCACACCAAACCCUUUAAAAUCUAUGACAGAACCUACAAGCGCCAAAACCCCCCAAUCUCUCUCUCUGGCUCAGCACUUGUAACUGAAUAAAUUGAACAAUGGAGAAUGAAGAUUCCGAGAAUAAAUACAAACCUUCAGGAUCUACUCUUCUACCAAAACCUGAAUGAUUUUGGGUUCUCUGCUACGAUUGAAUCUGCUAGUACUUUUGGGAACUAUAAUACUGGUGGAGCUAAUAAUAUGUCUCAGUCUCACGGAAAUAUGCAAGCGACUCCUUAAUCACACCGCACCCAGGGAAGGCCUAUGAUUGGUUUUGACUUUUCUGAUAAUGGAGCAUGUUUUUAUCUCAUGAAUAAUCACAACGAAUAUUUCAGGAAUCUUUCAUUCCCUUUUGAAACAAAAAUUAAUAAUAAUUUCAUGACCGGUGUGCAUCAACUUCAAUCCAACUAUCCACAAGAACUUGAUGGAUCUUUCCUGACCCUUGGAAUUGGGGGUACUGCAGACACCAUGUCUAGAUGUAAUAUUUCUGGAGUUGAAGGUACUCCAAUGAUGUCUCCUCAAUCAAACACUUCUAACAUUCUAAGUGUCGGAAAUUAUUUAUAUCCUAGUUUCAACAUGGCUGGUAGAUUUUCUGAUUCUCGAAGUGUUGUGGAUGGUCAGACUUUUCUUGGCAAUGGCGCAAGGGUUAUGUCUGGUGUUGAUUCAAGGUUUCUUUCCAACCCGAAUUUCACUGCACAAACAUCUCAAAAUGAUCAGUGGCAGGACUUUGAUCCUGUCAAUCAGUUAUAUCAAGGUCACUCAGCUAUAUCUUCAAUAGCUAGAAGCAUUCAACUCGAUUUGCCUGGCAAUGACCAAAGGGUUUCGUCUGGUGUUAGUUCGGGGUCUCUUUCCAACACAUAUUAUAUUGCAGAAACACCUCAAGAUGAUCAGUGGCGUGAGUUUGAUCCUGUACCUAGAAGGGAGAAUGCGGUAUUGGAAGGUAUUAACUUCAAUUAUGAUUAUCAAGGUCUCUCAGCUAUAUCUUCAAUACCUAGAAGCACUGAACUUGGGCUUUUUGGCAAUGACCAAAGGGUUGUUUCUGGAGUUAGGUCAAGGUUUCGUUCCAACCCACAAUAUGUUUUAGAGACACCUCAAGGUGAUCCUGGACCUACAAGGGAGAAUGCAAGAUUGGGAGCCAUUAACUUCAAUUAUGAUUAUCAAGGUCACUCAUCUAUAUCUUCAAUAGCUAGAAGCAAUCAACUUGGGCUGCCUGACUCUAGACAGGGCAGGGAAACUGGCUUUCCAUCAGUAUCUAAUUUGAGGAGGACUCCUACUCAACCAGCAACAGGUCAAUCACAGAAUUUUUAUACGGAGACUCUUUGGCCUCAUAAAACAGGGAUUGUGACAGGUGGUUUGUGUGAACCUCAAGUCACCGGUCCCCUGCAGUUGUCUAGAACCCUCAAUGCAACUGGACACGGUAUUUCAAACUUUUCAGUGACAAAUAUCAAUAGCAUUUCUCAGGCUUGUAGUGUUUCCACUCGACCCCCCCUUAAAAGUGAUGCAAUGCAGUCUUCUCAAACUAUUAAUCAUAGUCAACACGAAAAUAUGAGAAAAUAUUAUGUUGGUCCAACUAUCCUGGCUCCAGCCCAGCCACCACCAAAUUCGUCGGGCUUUGGUUUUCACACUGCCCAAGCCCAUGAUGAGCGUUCUUCCCUGUAUCAAGCUAAUAACACUAUAUUUCCACCCCUGCCCCAAACUGCUUCUCAAUUUUCACAGCCAUGGGCUGCUCCACAAUUUCUCCAACAGCCACAGACCACUCCGUUCCUCUCAUCCUUUUCAUUGCCUGUAACAACUCCAUCUCGUCUACAGUCAUGGGCUGCUUCACCAAUACCACCACAGCCAGAGACUGGUACACAAUUUAUCUCACAAUCACAGAUCGCUACACAAUUUCUCUCACAGCUACAGACUGCUCCACAAAUUCUCUCGCAGCCACAGAAUGCUUCACAAAUUGUCUCACAGCCACGGACUGCUCCACAACUUCUCAAACAGGCAUUGGCCCCUCCAAAUAUACUACGUCGGACUCAGAAUACUAGACGUCGUUCACCAAGAACUUCCCCGCUCAGGACUUCUAUGCCUGUACAGCAAAUUGAGCAUAUAAAUUGGCAAGAUGAGACUUCUAAACGAAUUGGGCACAAGUGUUUUAUAUGCAAAAGGGAUCUUUCAUUAUCAGCAGACGGCUCUGUUUUCCGGUCAAAUCUUCUGGUGCCCUCUGCUAUUCUACCAUGUGGCCACACUUUUCAUGAUCACUGCCUUCAACUCAACACCCCUCCUGACCAAGCUACCAAUCCUCCAUGCAUUCACUGCUCCAAGAGAGAGAGUUGAAUCCAUUUUCUUGAACACAGAAUAUGAUUGUCUCCAAAUUUUGUAAGUUUAGUCCAGAGUAGUAGACAAAGUAAGCAGAGCCUGGAAUUGUUUUUAGAAAAUCUGCAUAUGCUGCAUUAAAUUAACUAUAUAGAUGAAAUUCUCAACUGUAAGUAUAUAUGGUUGACAAAGCAAUCAUUAUUAUUACUUGGGGGUACUGAAAAAAGUACAAAGUGGUAGUUUAUACACAUUUUUGUUAAGCUGGACUUCUGACCCACUUUAUUGUGGUUUAUAGUAAACAAUUUAUCAAAUUUCACUUUGUUUCUACUA